AUCUUUUUAAAGGUUUGUUUUGAUUUUGAGAUGUUUCAACUGUCAAUUUUUGUUUAAUUGUUGAAUUAAAGGAAGGAGAUUAGAGAAAAGUGAUUUGGUAUUUUCCUGUGAUUUAUUGAUCAUCCAUAUGACAGAAAGUGACUCAGAUGAUGGUAUGGAUACUUACGAUGAAGAUGAUUGUGAUGAAGACGAUUACGCUUGUGAUUAUGAUGAUUACUACCGAAUGAGUGAAUUAGAAAAUGAAUUAGAUUUUCUUCAGGGUGAUGCUAAGCUUAAUGACCCUGAAUUCUUUGAAUAUGAAUGUUUACCUGUCCAAGAAGUUGACAAACUAUGGACUAACACUGUUGAGUUUCUCUGUCAAUCAUUGAAAAUCAAUUCUUCUAAAGCAAAGGUUCUUUUGUAUCAAUUUAAAUGGGAUAUUGAUAAAAUCAAGGAGAAAAUGACCAAUGGUGAGAUGAAUGGUUCAUCUGGUGGUUCAUCUGAUCAGAUUGAUUCAAGUUUCUAUACAAAUAAUGGUGAUAAUUCAUAUGAUGAAGUUGAAUGGACUCAAGAUUCAUUAUCAUCGGAUUUUAUUACUUGUGCAAUUUGUCUACGACCACAAUCAACGACAACAUUUACUGGACUUUCAUGUUGUCAUCUUUAUUGCCGUGAAUGUUGGACUUGUCAUAUAGAGACUCAGGUUGCUCUUGGUUCAUCGAUUAGUAUUCAAUGUAUGGCCUCGAAAUGUCAUGAAUUGAUUCCCGAGGAAUUUGCCCUUGAAUGUAUAAGAAAAAAUUGUCUCCGAGAAAAGUAUAAGAAAUUUGCUUUCACCGAAUAUGUAACCUCUCAUCCGGAGCUUCGUUUCUGCCCUGGCCUUAACUGUAAUAUAAUAAUUCGAGCGCAAGAAAACAAAUCGAAAAGGGUCAUUUGUGUACAAUGUAAAACGAGCUUCUGUUAUAAAUGUGGUUGCGAUUAUCAUGCUCCAACCGAAUGUUCUGUGAUCAAAAAAUGGUUAACCAAAUGUGCCGAUGAUUCGGAAACUGCCAAUUAUAUUUCCGCGAACACCAAAGAUUGUCCCAAUUGUAGUAUAUGUAUUGAAAAGAAUGGCGGUUGUAAUCACAUGCAAUGUGUUACCUGUAAACAUGAUUUCUGUUGGAUGUGUUUAGGUGAUUGGAAAGCUCAUGGAAGUGAAUAUUAUGAAUGCUCAAGGUACAAAGAGAAUCCAUCGACUGCCAGUGAAUCGGCAAAUGUCCAAGCUCGAGAAGCUCUUAAAAAGUAUCUCUUCUAUUACGAAAGAUGGGACAAUCAUGCGAGAAGUUUACGAUUGGAAGAACAAGCAUUGACCAAGAUCAAAGAUCGAAUCCAACGGGAGGUAAUGUCCAACAAGGGAACUUGGAUCGAUUGGCAAUACCUUCUAGACGCCGCUUCUUUAUUAGCCAAGUGCCGUUACACUCUACAAUAUACUUAUCCUUAUGCCUACUUUAUGGAAACCGGACCAAGGAAACAAUUGUUCGAGUACCAACAAGCCCAAUUAGAAGCGGAGAUUGAAAAUCUCUCAUGGAAAUUGGAAAGAGCGGAAACAACUGACCGAGGAGAUUUAGAAAAUCAAAUGGACAUCACCGAGAAGAGAAGAGCAACUUUACUUAAAGAUUUUCUCGCCGAUUAAAACUCGAUUCAUCUUGAUAUUAAUUUAUUAUUGUUCUCAUUUUAAAUUAUAUUUUAUUGAUAAUCCAAUAGAUCACAUCCUCUCAUAAUCAAAUGGUUACUCUCAAUGCCUUAACAAUUAUCUUAUCGUUGUCCACUCUCUCUCUCUCUCUCUCUCUCUUGUCCACUCUCCGAGCAUUUAUAUCAAACAACAAAAGAUUAUUUUCUUUUCUUUAAUUACUUAAUUGUAUCAUCAAAUUCACCAUAUAUAAUAUUUAACGAUUGCAUCUCUUUCUCUCUCAAAAAAAAUCGUACAAUUUGAUCAACCAUCAUGUCGCUUGAUUGAUUCACAAUUCAAAGCAUCAAUAAUUUACCAUUGGUGGUAAAUCAUCAAACUAAUUGACGAUCUGAUUAAUCCAUUAACUUUUUCCAAAUCAGAUAAUAAUAAACCUAAAUUUAAAUAUGCCUAA